GUUAUCAAAUAUUUUUUCACUCCCUCUACGCUCGCUAGAUCGUUCACAACAAAUUUUUCAUUCUUCGGGGCUUUACCAAAAAAAAAAUGGCUGAUGAGGAUAUUGAAGAAAUAGCUGACAAAUUUGCAGGCAAAUUCGACGUUAUGACUUGUUCAACAGCCUGGGACAGAAGCGUUUUAGCUGAACGUGAACUAAAGAUCUCACAAGCGGUGUGUUUGCUUUGGCAAAAUUCGACGACCGGUGAGGUGGCUGGCCGACACAGUGAUCUCCAUUUGCUUGUUUGUGUCUACUGCGCUGGCUUGUUAGACCUCUUGAUCAUGGAGAAAAUUCGUAUCAACGAUAUGCUAUCCACAUGUCUCUGCCUUGUUUCCAAGAAGAAAAUGGUUGAGAUCGACCAUAACCAAGGUACAUCAACGUAUCUCGAUAGCCUGGGUCUGACUGAGAUAAUGGACCAACGCGAUAAUCCACGCGAGUUGGUCGACUGGCUUGAAGAAAGUGUUGAUAAAGAUGACGAUAAAAAUGCGUCGUAUGUCACUCUUGAGAGUUUGGUAAAAGGUGGCUUCUUCAGAAAAGAAAAACUCUCCGUUGGCACAAGAUUUUAUCUCAAUAAUCAAGGUACAUUCACAGAAAUUAAGCAAAGUUUGGUACAGGAUAUGCGCGACUCUCUUCUUACCGAGAAGACACCUGAUCUCUAUAUGCGAGUGAUAUUGACCUUGCUACAAGGAGCCGAUCAUUACCGGGACAACUACGACAAAGAUAAGAUCUUUAAGCAGUAUUUCAGCAAACCUGAAUACAAGCAAGCCAAGGCACGACUAAAAAUCAUCUCACGUGAUUGGCCCCCAAUCCCUCCACCUCCUCCUGCCCCGGCGACAACUACUACCACUGCAUGAAAGGGACUAUUACUUGUUGCAUGAGAGUUAUUUGAAUGUUUACAUAGAUUUUGUCUAUUAACUUACUGCGUUGACACACAAUAGAGUCUUUUUUAUUUGUUUUUGAGGAUCAACAGAAUUUAGAUUUAAGAAUUACAGUACAUUAUUUAAAAUGGAACAGGCCGGGAAACUUACAGUUGCUUGAACCCGUAAACUCCACUUACAACAGGAACGACAACAUCAACAAGAAACAACAACGGCAUGAACAGCAGCAAUAACAACAACAGCAACAACAACGACAAAAACAGCAACAAUAACAACUUAAGCAAUAGCAGAAGUCUCUGCCGUUGUAACGUCAAAUUAUAUGAUAUUGAUAUCCGUCGUUCCGUUGUAAAUAUUUGCAGUUAUAUUGUGUGUACUAACGUUUAGAAUGCCUCAAAAUGACUGAAAGGAUUGCCUGGCGCAAUCAAAGCACGUUUAUUAGUUAGCUCAGUGAUUUAUCUCUCUCUCUAUAUAUAUAUUGACGAAUUAUUGUAAUGCACUCGUGGGAACUAGAUGUUACCUAUUUGCGAGUAAUUACCAAUGUAAAAUGAAAUAUUAUUGAGUUUGUAAGAAAUAUUUACUGUCAUUAAAU